AUGACAAGUAUUUACCCACGAAGAUCUUUUAAAUUAAUUCAAAGCUACUCAAAGCUACUACGAUGCUAUUCCAAUAUUCAUGUACCUUUUCAAGAUGAUUUAUCCGAUAUAGAUAUGGAUGAUUUUGGAUUAGGUGAUUUUAAACAUUAUCAAGAAUCUUCAGAUAUAUUGAAAAGAAAAAACAAGUUAUAUGAUGGUAUAGAUGGAAAAACAGAAAUCAAACCAAAGCAGCAAACUCAACAAACUCAACAAAAUGCUUUAUCAUUAGAGUCAAUGGCUAGUUUAAAAGAACCAUCAAUUUUUAUUUCUAAAUUAAAUGAUCCUUACCUAAACCUUGCAAUUGAAGAUUAUAUAUAUAAUAAAAUGCCAUUACCAUCAACUACUUCGAAAUUUAAUCUGGAAAGAUUAUUAUUUUAUAUAAAUUCAUCAUGUGUAAUAAUUGGAAAAAAUCAAAAUCCUUGGAAAGAAGUUAACCUACCUAUAUUAAAUCAUUUAAAAAAUUAUCCUUUAAUAAGAAGAAAAUCAGGUGGUGGAACAGUUGUUCAUGAUUUAGGUAAUGUUAAUUUUUCAUUUAUGACUUCAAAAUUAAAUUUUGAUAGAUUUAAAUUUGUUAAUUUAGUUGUUGAUUCAGUAAAUAAUUCUAAAAAUGCAUCAAAGAAGUUGGAAGUAAAUAAACGUGGAGAUAUUGUUACUAAAGAUGGAGGAGAUGAAGAGUUAAAAAUCAGUGGAUCUGCUUAUAAAUUAUCAAAAGGUAAAUCUUAUCAUCAUUCAACUAUGUUAUUAAAUUCAAAUUUAAAAAACUUGAGGAGAAUUUUACAUAGAGAUGAAAAGGACUUGGGGGUGGUAGAUUCUAAAUCUUCAAUAUCUUCUGUAAAAUCAAAAGUAACAAAUUUAGAAAUUGAUAGUAAUAAAUUUAUUGAAAUUGUAAGUAAUGGGUUCAAACAAGAAUUUGGAUUGACUUCAGAAGAUCAAGAAGAGUUAGAACAAGAUGAAGAAACUAAAGAAUUUAAUGAAAUUAUGGGAUUAAGUGAUUUUGCAAGUCUGAUUAAAUCAACCAAUGUUUUUGAAAUAACAUCAAACAUUAAUUUACCACAAGAAGUAAUAGAUACAUCAAAUGAAUUAAAAACAUGGAAUUGGAAAUUUGGUCAUACUCCACCUUUUCAUCAUUACUUAGUAAAUGACAAAUUAGGUAUAAAAUUAAAAUUUUAUAUAGAAAAGGGGAAAAUUAUACAAAUUGAUUGGGAACUAGUUGAGCCUAAUGAAGAAAUUGAAUUUGCCUUGUGUAAAUUUGAAGAAGUUGCUAUUGGAAUAGAAUAUCGUGGUGAUUUAAUUUAUGAUUUAUUUAAAUUUCAAUAUAUGAAAAUAAGUAGAAGAAUUGGUCUUUGGUUAAGUAGAAGUAUUGAUGGUUUACAUAAUCAAGGUGAGGUUUAA